CGCGCGCACCAUGCCCUACCUGCUCAUCAGCACCCAGAUCCGCAUGGAGGUGGGCCCCACCAUGGUGGGCGAUGAGCACUCAGAUCCGGAGCUGAUGCAGCAUCUAGGGGCCUCAAAAAGAAGUGUCCUAGGAAACAACUUGUUCUGCUAAUGAGGGCCUGUCACCAGGCCCCAGGGCUGAGUCACUCGCACCAGGGACAGGUCUCUCUUCCUUCCCCAACAAUUGUUCCACAUGCCUGCCUUUCAAUUAACUCCCACCCUCCCUGGGCUCCUCCCUCCCAGACACACUGGGGGCUGGGGAGUCUGGCCUGCCCAGGGUGGUGGGCCUGUGGGGAAAAAGGAGGCCGCGUGGUGACACAUAAAGCAGGCUGCCCCCACAUGAGUCCCCAGAGGAAUCUUAAGCUCCCCAGUGCCCUGGGGUGUUGGCCCGGGCUGCCCAAUCCCUGCCUGCGGAUGCUGCAAUUACCUCAGCACGAAACCCAGCUUCCCACCUGACUGACUCAGCUGCAAACAAUAACACAGCUCCACUGCCACACACAGGCACAAACAGCCAAGCCACUCAUCAGAGUCCCCAGCCGCAGCAGACAGCACAGCCCUGUGCUGCUCUGGACAUGGGUGCAGGGGCCAGGGAGGGAAGGUGAGCAGGGCCAUGAGGAGCCCAGUGCCGGCCAAGGAGCACAGGCUGCCCCCGCCAGCUGAGAAGAUCCAUCUCUGACUCCACGGGAGCAGCCCUCACUCUGGCUCCAGUAAGUGCUGCUUCUUCCUCUUGGGGUUUUUUCUACUGUCCUAUCAAGUGACCAGGCCACUCCUGUCCCUCUGGGAAACUCCCAGCUCUCUGCUCUCCUGGACAAAAGCACCCUCCUCCUGCAGCCUCAUCUCACCAUCCAAGAUGCUGGCCAGAGGCCUAUGCUGAGCAGAAACCUGGAGGCCCCUGCUCCGGGCCCAGUAGGGCCAUCUCUCCAAUUCCUGACAGUCACUUCUCCAGCAGGGAACCAAAUGGCCCGCGGCUGCUCUUGACCAGGCUUCGGAGGUACCAGGCUUGUCUGCUGGCUCCCCGGGGUCCCAUGGAGACCUGGCGGAAAGGCUCCUUCCGCAACGCCUCCUUCUUCAAGCGGCUGAGCCUGGGGCGGCCACGACGACUCCGGCGACAGGGCAGUGUGCUUAGCCAGGCCAGCACAGCUGGCGGGGACCAUGAGGAGUACAGCAACCGAGAGGUCAUCCGGGAGCUGCAAGGGAGGCCAGAUGGCCGGCGCCUGCCACUGUGGGGAGAUGAGCAGCCCCGGGCCACCCUGCUGGCCCCCCCGAAGCCCCCGCGUCUCUACCGAGAGAGCUCCAGCUGCCCCAACAUCCUGGAGCCGACACCUGCCUACACUGCUGCCUACUCGGCUACCCUGCCCUCAGCGCUCUCCCUGGCGGGCACCCUCCACCACUGCUCCGAGGAGGACCUUCUGGACACUCCCCCCUUCCAGGGGACACGGGCUCCAGACCUUAAUGAUCCCUUCUUCUCCUUCAAAGUGGACCUGGGGAUUUCUCUUCUUGAAGAAGUUCUACAGAUGCUGAGGGAACAGUUUCCCAAUGAGCCCAGCUUCUGAAUGCGGCGAGGGUGGGCAGAGAAGGGCUGACUGGAAGACCCAGAGCCUGGGGACCCAGGGAAGGAGGGUACAGUCGUGGAUUAAGGAAAAGGUAGGGAGACGAAUCCAGGGCCCUGCCUGCCCUCUGGGACCUGAAGAAUCCUCCAGGUCACCCCAGAGUGCAGGGCAGAGGGUCAGAGGCAAGCUGGAAACGCUGUGAGGGUGGCGCUUGCUGGCAGGGACCCUGAAGGCAGCUGGCUAAGCUGGGGAGGGAGGCCACGCCUAAACUGCGGGGACCAGGCAGAGGUCAGCAGAGGGGGAGGGUGGCACAAGUGCCAGUCAAGGGGUGGAAGACACAGAGACCUGGCAGAUCAGACAGGUGCCCUGCGCCAGCCCCCUCUGAAGCCACUGUCAACAGAGAGAGGUUACAGGACAGGUCUAGGCAAAAGUGGUCCACCCCAGGCAGAAGAGGAAGGGGGAGACUUGAGGGGAGGAGGGUGAGACAGGCUUGACCUUGUCUGAUACGGUAGCCACUGGCUCCAUGUAGCUGUUGUAGUUGGAAUUAAUAUAAGUAAAAUUAAAAAUUUAGUUCCUCAGUUGCACUAGCUGCAUUUCAACUGCUCAACAGCCACACAUGACUAACGGCUACCACGGCUACCACACUGGACAGUGCAGGUGAACAUUAACAUCACUGGAGAAGGUUCUAUCGGACAGCGCUGGCCUAGACCAUGGCCUGGAGCCACCAGUGGCAUGGUGGGAAGGGGAAGCACAUGGGCCUGCGAGGGGAGGGAGGGGCUGGCAGAGUCGGAAGAGCAGAGCACGGAGACAUACAGAGCCUAACUCAUGAAAAAGGCCAAAAGAAUCUCAGCAGAAACGGGCGCGUGAGAGACUUGAGCUGCCAACACAGCCGCCCGGAGCUCUCCCCAGUGCCCGAGGAAGGUGGCUCGAGGGCAUGCCAGCCAAAGGCACAGACACACCUUGCAAAGGGGUGCUAUGGGGAAUCCCCAGAAUCAUCACUGAUGGGAGCCCUUGGGAAAUGCACCAAAAAUAGUGGUAGAUUUCCCCCCUUCCCACCCCCAUGAGAAGUGGCUUAGGGGAUGGACCCAAACUCGUGGCUGUUACCGUGAAGAGGCGUAGCUGGUCUGCCUCUUCCACAGAAGAGCUGUGGCCCACAGCUGGUCCACCAGGACUGGAGAGCUCUGCCUGCCCGGACCGUCUGAGGACGGGGGCCUGCCACCCAGGGCCGAGCCCCCUGGGUCAAGGCCAUAGGCCGCGCUACUGCCCCACUCUGUGGCCUGACCAGAAGACUUGAAACCAGAGCCCAAGUUGGCUGGGCCAUGUGGUUCUGACAUGCCAGGCCUUUCCAAGCGUGGCAGAGGGGGAGAGGGGAGCUUCAAUGCACACGCUUCCACAACCCAGACCUUGUGGCCCCCUCUUCCCUCCUCUUGUGUGGAUGUGCCGAGCUGAAAGCCUCCCCUCUGGAUGCAGGAGAUAAUAAAUAAAGUUCUUUCUAACACA